AACGAAACACUUGUCAACGUUAGGAGGACCGGGGAGUCAGACCGAGGGACCAUGCGGUGAGCAGUUCAACACUAAAGAAACGGCCUGAAUCUCAGAAUGUGUCACAGAUUUUCUAGCAUGUUUAUUGCAUUGCACUAUGGCGCUGUUCCAGGCAAAGAAACAACGCACGAGCGCUGCUGCAUGAAUUUCGGGUCUACUAGUGAGCUACUUCUUGUAGCUGGGAUCAACUUUUGGUCGAGCAUAUGUGCGCUUCCGUCGAUGCUACGUCCACCCAUGUUGAAGUUCCUGUUGCCGCCCUUUUGGCCCACCAGUUAUUCGUCUUCUUUUCCCCUUUGUAGCUCACUAACAUGGAACGACAUGUCUACAUUCUGCUGCUGUACACUGUUUCUAGCCCCUAACCAAGCUUCCGGGGCUUUUCGGUACCUCACUCGCGUCUAGACUCUAUUCGUGGCUGUUGGUAUAAAACAGGCAUCCCCAUCUGGCCUCGGUUUCCAAUUGCUCUUGGCAUUUCUAAGGCGGAUUGUGUCUGGAGCUUCGUAGUCCAUCCGUCUCAAGUGCCUCCCUACCAACAAAUCCCUAGCACCGAACUGAAAAGAUCUUCACCGCAUAGUUUACGUACUUGUCUCCAUGUUCUUUCCUUGUUUGUUGGUCGAGCUCUCGGCUCUAUCGCAUUGCAGUGCCGCAGCUCUAUAAACCGAUGUGGAUAGGGCAUGUGCUCUGCACAUGGGAAGGCACCUGGCAAAAACAUCGUAGCCUAGAUAUGCUCGUGUAUUCUAUGUCGAUGUUGUGAUAUCAUGCAAUGCGUAGAUUGCCUCAUGGUUCCGUGCUCGGCACUCGAGUCGCUGCAACUCAUCCCAUCUCCGCGAACCCUGAAUGCUGUAGAUGUUCUUAUGCUGAACUGACAGCAUCGAAUCUAUUUACGCUGCGGAACUCCAGCUGUUGACUUCUUCAUCCUUGUCUGAAAGCAGUAUUGCUCACUAUUUUCUCAGGAACAGGAUUAUUUCACCGUGUUUCACACACAAUGUCGGCUUUGACCUUACAGUACUCUACCGGAGGAAUCAUAUAGCACCCCCUCACUUCGUUCCUUGUAUUGAAUUUAUGAGGACACGGGCAGCCAAAUUAUAAGCACUUGCCACGCACAUGAUUUGCUCUUGUGUUCUGAAAUACAUCUGAAAGUUUCGAUUCCGAUUUUGUGCAUCAGCGAAAAUAGAUCUGAGGACAAUCGCCAGACGCAAA